AUGUUUUAUCCAUCUCUUCUCUUUACGCUUCUCCUUGCGAUUACUGCUGUUGCUCAAGCCUUACCUCUGGCUAAACGGGCGGGCUGCUCCUCGUACGUCCUCAUUGACACUAGAGGCACCGGGGAGUUUCAGGGUCCUUCCCUCGGAUUUCGCAUCAUGAAUGCGAAAAUCCUUUCCUCGGUCACUGGCGGCUCAGAAUACGACACUAUCUAUUCUGCCGAUUUCUCCCAAAUCUCGACCAUAGGCACGCGAAACAUCGUUGCCAAGAUCAACACCAAGCUUGCUCAGGACCCAAGAACCUGCUUUAUCCUUGAAGGCUAUUCCCAGGGUGCGGCUGCAACUUGUAAUGCACUUCCUCAAAUUACUGGAUCUGCAUUCGAUGCCGUCAAAGGUGUUAUCCUCUUCGGGAACCCCGAGCACAGGCCCAACCUGGCUUGCAAUAUUGACAAUGAGGGUGGCAAUUCGACCGCCCAAGCAAACGGCCUUAUGGCUACCAUCUCCGAGGGUGUUCCGUCGAACUGGGUCUCCAAGACGCUUGACUUUUGUAUUCUCGGAGACGGAGUCUGCGAUGUUGAGUCUGGCUUCGGUAUUACCUAUCAACACUUCUUUUAUCCUACCGACUCUUACGUCCAAACCACGGCUGCUAACUUUGUGAUCAAGGCCCUCCAAAGUUGA